AUGUCCAAAGAUGAGAAAGCAGACGCAGUGGAACGGGCCAAACUGAUCGAGCAGAUGGACAAGGAUCUGGAAGCCCUCUCGGGUGUACAAAAGGGCGUGCUCGAAGUAGCGAGCAGCAGCGGGAAGUCUUUCUGGGAUCCAGCAGACUUCACCAAGACAACACACUUCGCCACACAGUAUGGCGAUAUGAAGGCUGCGCUGAACUCGACCGGUCUCGCCAUGAUGGCGGCUCAAGCUUCUCACAAGAUCCUGCCAAUUGUGAACCCAGCGAGGGUUGUUUACGUGCGAAUGAACUCGUCACACGAUGUGUUUUCCAGGAAAUUUCCCGGACACUCUGACCUCGUCCAGGUCAAGGACAAACUGCAGCAGGCUGACGACAUAUUCAAGACCAUCAACGACACUGCAUGGAGAGCCAGCAAAAACGCCGAGAAGACUGAGGCCGAGGCCGUGAACGCGACGUUGAAGGUCUUCCCAGGCCCUUUGAUUUUUCCCAAACUCGAAGCGCCCAUUGAUCUCAACUGGGAGUUCAACGAAACGAACAACAGGGCGCAUUGGCUAGCCAGGGCUGAGGCCUGGAUUCGUAUCAACGCGCAGGUGUACGCGCACAUUGUCUCCGUGGCAGCCACGGUCUCGUGCGAAGCAGCGAAGAAGGGAAAUGUGUCGGCUACCGAGGAGGCCCUGCUGCUUGCGAGCCAGUCAAAGACCCGGGUAGAAAAUCUUGUCGUCGAGGCGACGAAUCCUCGUGGCGAAUUGAAAAGCAUAGUUGAGGAACUUGAAGUUGCCCAGCCUCUGCGUACAUACACGAGCGGUAUGCUUGAGUCGGACAAGAAGACCAACCUCACGGAAACAGUCAUCAAGGAGCUCGAGAAGGCAAAACAGUGUCAUGCUGAGGUAACUUCUCGUCCGUCGGCCGCCCUCCCGUCCGAUACUACGGCAGUUUCAGUCGAGGCAGAAGUUACGCCAGCGGCGACGACAACUAUCCCUCUUGAGGCCGCUGGAGGUCUUGCCAAGGCAGAUGUUACCAUGACGGCCACUCCUCACCCACCCGAGGACUCUCAUGACGACAAGAUGUCUGCUUCCGCUGCAAUGAGUGACAACGCAAAGGGAGCUGCCAGUUCUACAUCGGCCAAGGCUAUUUUAGCGGCGGCACCCACACCCGCGAUGUCCCAAAGCGCGGACAAGCCCGGUGAGCCGCCGGCUGCUGCAACUGAUGGGAAGCUUGGAACAGAGGCUGUGAACGGAAAGCCACAUGUCCCGGCUGCCAAUGCUCCUGUGGAGGAGAAGAAGGUCGUCCCCAGUGCUACGGCAAGUGCGCCGGCCAACAGCACCGUAAAGACGAACGGGAGCGAGGACGACGAUUGUCCUGCUGAGACGCCCGAUUCGAUGGCGUACCUUGGAUCUGUGGCUGUCAAGCAUACGGUGACAACCGGCGGCGUCGUCUCAAAGGCCGAUGAAGAGGAAGAGGACUGUGACCCGCCUGAUACUGGGUCGGCUACUGCUGCCAACCAGCCUGGCCGCUCCGACAUUGCUGACGAAGACGAAUGCCCAGAGGAGGACGAGACGAAAACGACUCCCGAUGCUCCUGCUACACGGCCACAGGGCGUCAGUGGCUCCAACUCAGGCGUUAACGUCAGCGUGACAAAUUUCGUUAACGUCACAGCCAACAUGAUCGUCAUCAUUUGCGAGUCGAUGGCUCCUGGAUCGCGUUGCACCCGUCAACCCAACAGUGAUUCGACGUCUCAAGACGGCAGUCAUCCCAAUGCCAGCACGGGAGGCAAGCAACCCUCGGAUUCUCAGGCCGCCAGCCCCAGCAUAGUUGAUGUCGACAAGCAAUCUGGUGUGGUAGUACUGUGCAGUUCGGUGACUGUAGAGUCUCGGUGCAUCUGCCAGCAAGGUCGUGGCGAGUCGAUACCGUCUGGUGAAGCUACCCAGACCAAUGUCGUGCUCAACUGCUCCUCUGGCCCGGACUCACCCUGCACAGUGGAGAAAACGUACGAAGGUCCCAGCUCCGACCUCGGCAAGGUCCACAAUGGUGUCGCCCCUCUGGCUCCUCUUCCCUCCUCCGACGAGCAUGGCCCCAUUGCUGGUCCCGGAACCGAUGAUCAAGAAGCUGGCAAGACGCCCGCAGGAGGAUCCAGUUCCCAGACGGCCAGCAAGAAAGUGGCAGGCGAUUCUGGUAUCCCGAAUGAUGCAGACCGUCCGGGUUCUUUGCCCGGUGUUGAAGACGAUCAUUCUGGCGAUGCCGGCCCAGCAACCGACGUUCCAGCUACCAGGCCUGCAGGUUCCACUUCCAUUGAGAAAGAUGUAGGCAAGGGGAGCAGGGUUGAGGCCGACAAGAUGCUCCAGCCAGGCACCGCGCCGGCUCUCGGGGUUGCUUCAGCACCGCUGGAUGCUGAGGAUGACUACUCUCCCCUCGGCGAGACGGCAGGUCAAGGCCCUCGAACGAGCCUUUCCCCUCCAGACUCAGCUCGGAAGACUGCAGCAAGCUCCCCUCUCCACACCGAUGGCCCUGAGCCACAAGCUCUUUCUGAGCCACCCAUUGUCGUGGUUAACGGUGCCUCGCGUGUUGGGCCAUUCCUAGCCACAGUUGUAGCCGCUAUAGUGGCUCUUUCGCUAUCCUGA